GAUUGAUCACAUGCAUUAAUCCAGUAAUCUGUAAUCUGAAAUCAUUUAAAGGCAGAAAGAAUGCGACGCCGCGUUGAAGUGGGCCAGGGGAGGGCUGCUGGUUCCGUUGGACCCCCACCGACAGGACGGAGGAGUUUGGGCCCCUCCGCUUUGACGUAGAGAUCAGGUGACUAGAACUUCUCUGACGGGACUCUUUAAAGGAAAGUUUGAGAAGUUCUGCUCACUUUUCCCUUCGAUUGCUGAACUUGGAAGGAAGUUUAACCAUCAAAGUCCCGCUGGGCUGGCUUCUGUAACCCUGCAGCUCCCACUCCUGAAGAAUGGGUGACUGGAGUGCUUUGGGUCGUCUUCUGGACAAGGUUCAGGCCUACUCUACUGCUGGGGGGAAGGUCUGGCUGUCGGUUCUCUUCAUCUUCAGGAUCCUGGUGUUGGGUACUGCAGUGGAAUCAGCGUGGGGAGAUGAACAGUCUGCCUUUAAAUGUAACACCCAGCAGCCUGGGUGUGAAAAUGUCUGCUAUGACAAAUCCUUUCCCAUCUCUCAUGUCCGUUUUUGGGUCCUCCAGAUAAUUUUUGUCUCCACACCCACGCUCCUGUACCUGGCUCAUGUUUUUUACCUCCACAGGAAGGAACAGAAACUUAACAGAAAGGAGGAGGAACUGAAAGCAGUGCAAAACGAUGGUGGUGAUGUUGACAUCCCGCUGAAGAGAAUAGAGAUGAAGAAGAUGAAAUAUGGCAUAGCGGAGCAUGGCAAAGUGAAGAUGAAGGGGGCCUUACUGAGAACCUACAUUGUUAGCAUCUUUUUCAAGUCCUUGUUUGAGGUUGGUUUCCUGGUGAUCCAGUGGUACAUGUACGGCUUCACAUUGUCUGCAGUCUACACGUGUGAGAGGUCACCAUGCCCACACAGGGUGGACUGCUUCCUGUCUCGUCCAACUGAGAAGACCGUCUUCAUCAUUUUCAUGCUGGUUGUCUCUCUGGUUUCUCUCUUGCUUAACAUCAUUGAGCUUUUCUACGUAUUCUUUAAGAGAAUUAAAGACCGUGUAAAGGGAAAGCAACCACCCACCCUCUACGCCAGUGGAGGGACUCUGAGCCCCACCCCUAAAGAGCUGUCCACAUCCAAGUAUGCUUACUACAACGGCUGCUCUUCCCCAACUGCUCCCCUCUCACCAUUGUCCCCCCCAGGUUACAAGCUGGCCACCGGGGAGCGAGGAACCGGGUCAUGCAGAAAUUAUAACAAACAGGCCAAUGAGCAGAACUGGGCAAAUUACUCUACGGAGCAGAACCGUUUGGGCCAAAAUGGUGCAGGGAGCACGAUUUCAAACUCCCAUGUUCAAGCCUUUGACUUUCCUGAAGAUACACAUGAGCAAAAGAAACUCCCCUCAUCAGCUGGACAUGACCUGCAGCCUCUGGCUCUCAUUGAUGCCCGGCCUUGUAGCCGGGCUAGUAGCAGGAUGAGCAGAGCGAGGCCAGAUGACCUGGAUGUGUAAGCCUUGGCCACUCCUUCCAUGUCUGUCCAACUGUCAAGGUUCCUCUAUGCAGGCAGAAGAUCAGGCAAGGAUUGAUAGCAUGUUCCUCUAAACUGGGACUAACCUCAGUGGCAGUCCUUAGAGUAGACACUCCUGAGAAAUAAUAAACUUCAUUAAAACUGAAAUGUCUUCUAACCCUUUUUAAAGGUACAGGUUGCAUAUAAUUAAUGCUGUAACUUCCAAAAAUGUUAAAAGAGUAAAAAAACAAACCACUGGACUUUGUUUCCAAGUUUAAAAAUGUUUCGCUUCCCAUCUAGGAAGCUUUUUCAAUUCAAAAUUCCUAGAUUAGAGUUGAGUAAAUCUGGAAGCUUUAUAGAGUUGUAAAGGCUUAGAAACUGAAAAAAACACAUCCAUCCCUUGGUAAUGCAGAGUCGUUGAAGUCGUUGUUGGUCUGCUACAACCAUUCACACAUGGACUAUUGGAUGGCAUCAAAAAGGUCAGGUAGUUCAACAAGGGAAUAGUAACCUAGAACAGUUACUGGUUAAUUGAAAUAUAACAAUUCAGAACCCUGGAACUCUAUUUGUCUGGGUUUGGAUCGGUUCUGAUUCAGGUAAGGACACGGCUAAUGGAGAAUGAGCAGAUAGCUGGUAGGAAUGACAGGUUGCUGAAAGGAACCUCAUUUUCAUGUCCUCCUGCCAUAUCAUCUGCUAUUAUUUGCAGCCCCUGUCAAUUUGUCAUCUAUAGUCCAACAACAAGACGGUCCUCUAUAGUCUGACCUUUAAGUUGUCCUCUAUAGUCCGACCGUCAUGUUGUCCUCUAUAGCCCCACCGCCAUGUUGUCCUCUAUAACUGGACCAUCAUGUUGUCCUCUACAAACUGACCAUCCUGUUGUCCUCAAUAACCUGACCGUCAUGUUGUCCUCUAUAGUCCGACCAUCCUGUUGUCCUCUAUAGUCCGACCAUCAUGUUGUCCUCUAUAGUCCAACCAUCAUGUCCUCUAUAACCUGACAGUCAUGUUGUCCUCUAUAACCUGACCGUCAUGUUGUCCUCUAUAACCGUACCAUCAUGUUGUCCUCUAUAACCGUACCAUCAUGUUGUCCUCUACAAACUGACCAUCCUGUUGUCCUCUAUAAUGUGACCGUCAUGUUGUCCUCAAUCGUCCGACCA